UCUUCUUCCUUUCCCAAUCAGCUCUCUCUCUCUCUCUUUUCUUUUCUUUUCUUUCUUUCUUUUCUUUUCACUUCUCUUCUUAGUCGAACCAUUCUUUCAAGUUUCCACUCUCUCCCCCUCCCCUCCUCCACCCCCUCUUGUUUCCAUAAAGUCCAUGUAUGUCUCACGUACCCCAUCUCUUCUCCAAUGGGUCCUAUUUAUCUAAGCAAUUACCCUUCCUAUCUCGUCUUUUUACAUUUGUCAUGAAGGGUCCUUGUCUAUCAAUAGAUGGGCUUCACCUAGCAGAUGUCCGUGAACAAAUCUCACCCUGGUAGAGGACUAGGUUUCCCCGGUGUCGACUCCUCGCCUCCGAACUCGUCUCCGUGGCGCAGAGUCUCUCUCUUGAUCCGACGAGGGAGGAGUGUCUUUUCCAAACGCUCUGCAGACUGGCCACGCGAUUCGUCCGGGUCCCAGACUCCCCCAAUGGACUCAACCCAGCGGUUCGUCGACCCAGCCGCAAUGGUAGGGCUCCCUCAAGGCGCCGCAGGCGACAGCUUCGACAUCCUCGACUGGUACCCGCGCUACCAAAUCUGCCAGCGGUACUUCCUCGACCACGCCCAGCACAGCGCCUCCGUGCAAGCGCUCUCCGCGUUCCUCAACAUCCGACUACCAUUCCAGCGCCAACCCCACCCCGUGCUGAACUCAUCCGCCGACCCCUCAAGUCUCCCCCUCGCCGUCUCGCUGAUCCCCUACAUCCGCCGCCUCGUGGCCACGGGCAUGGACUUCCCGGGGGUGCUGCACGGGUUCUUCGGAGACGACUGGAGCGCCGGCAUCGGGCCCCUGCACGAGCAGGAGCGUCGCAAUUAUCUCUUCGCGGCCAAAAGCGGCGGCUGGGCGGCCGUCAAGAAGGACUACGAUAUCCCCCCGCUCGAGACGAUUCCAUUUUUGCGCCCAUUACAAGGGCCGCUCGACUCGGAGAUCGAAGCCGCGGAGCGGAGCUGGAGUGACUGGUUGGCGAUGGAAGACUGGAUGGUUGGGCCGCGGGCGCCUGACGUGCUCCGGGAUUCGUCUUCGAUAUCGCGACCUCGAAGUUCACGGGGUUGACCUUUCUUCUAUUUUUUUUCUUUUCUCUUUCCCUCUGUUUUUGCCAUUUGGGUCUUGUUUGGGGUUAUCGGAGGCUUUGUUUGCUAUCUUGUCCGUUUGUUUACUUUGUCAUUCUAUCUUGCUUGAUCUCUAUAUCUGGAUAUUGUCC